AAACACCUUUUGCACUCACACAAGUAAUAAACAGAGAAUAUUCUAAAUCCCCAUUACGCUUUUCCCCCAAUUCCCACCACCUUUUUCUUUCCUCAAUUUUGAAUUUUAGGGUUCUUAAAUACUGGAAUCCGAUUCUAUCAAUUCAGUGCAAAAUCAGUGGAGUGUAAACAGUAAUGGCGGGGUACAAAGCAGAAGACGAAUACGACUAUCUCUUCAAGCUGGUUUUGAUUGGCGACUCAGGUGUGGGCAAAACUAACUUGCUGUCACGAUUCACCAGAAAUGAGUUCAGCCUCGAGUCCAAAUCCACCAUCGGAGUUGAGUUUGCCACCAGGAGUUUGCCCGUUGAAGGUAAAGUUAUCAAGGCUCAGAUUUGGGAUACUGCCGGCCAGGAGAGGUACCGUGCAAUAACCAGUGCCUAUUACCGUGGUGCUGUGGGUGCUUUGCUCGUUUAUGAUGUCACAAGGCACUCCACAUUCGAAAGCAUCGAAAGGUGGCUAACCGAGUUAAGAAACCACACGGAUCCAAACAUUGUUGUCAUGCUCAUAGGAAACAAAGCCGAUCUCCGACAUUUGGUGGCUGUCUCGACAGAGGACGGCACAUCUUUCGCCGAGAAGGAAUCUCUCUACUUUAUGGAAACUUCCGCUCUAGAAGCUACUAAUGUGGACACUGCUUUCACGGAAGUUCUUGCACAGAUCAAUCGUAUUGUCAGCAAAAAGACGAUGGAGAAGGGAGAAGAAUCAGAUGUUCCGAAAAAGGGGGAGAAACUCGAUGUGGGACGGGAUGUUUCUGCUAUGAAGGGGGCUGGGUGCUGCUCUUCUUAGGUUAGUUUUAUAUUGAUUAACAUUCUUUAUUUCUAUUUGGUUUUUUUUUAAGUAGGUUUUGGAUUGAAUGUUUGUGAUUCAAAAAUUAUCUUUUUGUUAGCUUCUCUUUUGAGCAUUAUUGUUUUAUUAAAAAAAUGAUGGUUUGAAUUAGUGAGCCUAAAACUUGCUUAGC